AUGGGACUGAGACUGGCUACCACAAGCUAUCGGCUGGUCGUAGCGCCGGCCAGCAGUAAUCGCGGCACCGCCACCGUGGUUAGCGGUGGUAGCAACGCGGGUGGUGGACUCAAUGUGACCACCAUCACGACGACGGGCAGCACACAAACACAGACAGCGGUGGCGUCACAGCAAACAAAUGGCACCACUUACAAGAUCGAGAUGCUGGACGAUGACAUACAGAGCCUGGGCACGGACGACGACGAUGAUGACAUCAUCAGCAGUGAGGGAAGCAUGUACGAUGGCGACUUGAACGUAAACGAUGAUGUGGCUCACCAGCUGGCAGCCGCUGGACCGGUGGGUGUGGCCGCUGCAGCAGCCAUUGCCUCGUCGAAGAAACGCAAGCGUCCGCACUCGUUCGAAACGAAUCCUUCGGUUCGCAAGCGCCAGCAGAAUCGACUGCUGCGCAAGCUACGUGGCAUCAUUUACGAAUUCACAGGUCGUGUGGGCAAGCAGGCAGUGGUACUGGUAGCCACCCCGGGCAAACCUAAUACCAGCUACAAAGUGUUCGGUGCCAAGCCGUUGGAGGAUGUGCUGCGAAAUCUGAAGAACAUUGUCAUGGACGAGCUGGACAAUGCGUUGGCUCAACAGGCGCCGCCUCCCCCACAAGAGGAUCCAUCCCUGUUCGAGCUGCCUGGACUGGUCAUCGAUGGCAUACCCACGCCGGUUGAGAAGAUGACGCAGGCGCAGUUGCGCGCCUUCAUACCGCUCAUGCUGAAGUACUCGACGGGUCGAGGCAAGCCCGGCUGGGGACGCGAGUCAACGCGACCUCCCUGGUGGCCCAAAGAGCUGCCGUGGGCCAAUGUUCGUAUGGAUGCACGCUCCGAAGAUGACAAGCAGAAGAUAAGCUGGACGCAUGCGCUCCGGAAGAUCGUGAUCAAUUGCUACAAGUAUCAUGGACGCGAGGACCUGUUGCCAACGUUCGCCGAUGACGAGGACAAGGUGAACGCGCUGAUCUCCCAGUCGGGCGAUGAGGACGAGGAUAUGGAGCUCUCGAAUACUGCGACCAUUCAAACCGUGCAAACAGUAACACCAGCGACGGCCACCACGAGUAAUCAACCACAGCAGGUGAACGUCGUGAAAAUCAACAGUGCCGGCACCGUCAUUACCACGCAUACCGCCCAGUCGAACACGCCGGCACCGACCAUCAUCCAGAGCACGAACAACCAGCACGUGACCACAACAGCCACAUUGCCGGCAUCCACAAAGAUUGAGAUCUGUCAGGCGCCGGCGCCGCAGCAACAGCAUCAGCAGACCUCGACGGGCACCACCACCGUGCAGAUCCAGCCGGUUCAACAGCAGUCACAGCCACAGACCAUACAGCUGCAGACCGCCAGCGGUACGGCGACGGCAACGGCUGUGACGACGACAGCAGCCGCCGUAAGUGCGUCUAACGCAGCAGCGGCGGCGGCCGCAGCGGCAGCUCAGUCAACGGCUCAAACGGUCACCGCCCAGCAGAUCGCCAAUGCGCAAGUUUGCAUCGAGCCCAUAACGCUGAGCGAUGUUGAUUACACCACACAAACUGUGUUGUCGCAGAAUGCUGAUGGGACCGUCUCGCUGAUUCAGGUCGAUCCGAAUAAUCCCAUAAUAACGCUGCCGGAUGGCACAACCGCCCAAGUACAAGGCGUGGCAACCCUACAUCAGGGCGAAGGUGGCACCACAAUACAAACCGUACAAAGUCUUACUGAUGUUAAUGGGCACGACAAUAUGACCGUUGAUUUGACUGAGGCACAGGACGGUCAGAUCUUUAUAACCACUGAGGAUGGUCAAGGCUAUCCCGUUUCCGUGAGCAAUGUGAUCUCGGUGCCCGUUUCCAUGUACCAAUCCGUGAUGGCCAACAUGCAGCAGAUACAGACUAAUAGUGACGGAACGGUGUGCAUCGCCCCCAUGCAGGUGGAAAAUGGCGAUCAGCUGGAAACCAUCACCAUGUCUCCGGGCAUGCAUCAAAUGAUGAUUCAGGGUGCGCCGGGCCAGGAGCCCCAGCUGGUGCAGGUGGUUAGCCUUAAGGAUGCCACGCUGCUCAGCAAGGCCAUGGAGGCCAUCAAUUCGGGCAACGUAAAAGCCGAGGACACGAUCAUAAUGGAGCAAUAAACCUAAUCGGGGCGAUUGUGCAUCUUACAGAUACAUAUAAAUAUAUAUAUAUAUAAAGGCGUUAUGUAUUCCAUUACUCUACAUGUAUAUUUAAUUUAUAGCCUAAAAAAACUAAACGCAUAAAUGAGAAUAUUAUAUAAGUACCUGAAUGGUGUUGCUAAAACGAAAAGUCAAAACAAAAGCCCCGCCAAGCAUUGUUUUCCCCCCUAAUAAGUUUGUUAAUAAAUUUCCUGUAUUUUUUUUUUUUUUUUGUUUUAACCUAUAAGUAACUCAUUAUUUUGUAACAUUCAAAAUAACUAGUCGAACAUCUCAUUUUCUAGUCAAGAAGACGGAUUAUUCCAAAUUUAAUGUUAAAGAAAAAACCACAACAUUUUUGUAUAGAUUGCAAAAAGAAGAGGAGAAGACAACUAGUCUUCGCAUAGAACAAGUUUUUUUUCGCUUAAUAUCAAAUAACUUAUUUAAGCAUAUUGUAAUUGUAUUUCUUUUUAUAUACAAAAUGCUAUCGAAAUAACCUUAAAUCAAUUUUUCGCUCUAAAUAGAUAAUACUUACAAUAAAACAAACCAGUCUGGGCCCUCCUCUAUCAAGGUGGGGGGCCACAACUUUAAGUACUGCUUGUAUGAAUACAGAAACAUACAUACUUAUAGCUAUGAAACAUACACGUAUCUAUUUAUAAGAAAUAAAUGUGCGUUCUACGCCCUUACAAACUAUAAAUGUAUGAAACGAACACAUUUGCAUUCAUGUACUUGUAUUUAUAUAUAAAUAUCUAUAUACAUACUACUAUAUGGUAAAUAAUCUAGUCAAAAACAAAACACAAAACGAAUCUAAAUUGAAAUUGAAUUGUAAAAUGUUUGCAAUAACUUGCGUUAUUUAUAAACUUUAGGAACACACAUCGGAUAAUACAGCUAGGCAAAAGGAAAGAGGGACAUAGUAUCAAGAUAUCCCUAAAUGUUUUAAGUCCAUGCAAUGUAAACAGAACAUCACUUUAAAUAUAACUACAACUAAUUUAAUUAUAUGGUAAACUAAAAAUAAAGUAAAAACUGUAUGAAAUUUAUUUAAUAAAGCCAUUUUUAUUGUAA